AUGGAUACACUCCCAAGCUCGGUCUGUCGAGCUUGUCGACUGCGACUACUCAAGCCUUCGUCCUCCCGAGUCUUCAGCACAACCUCUCCUCGCUCGUACAUCCCCCCGGAGUCUCCUGCCUUUGUCGAUGUUCCACAACCCCUUCAACCAGUCCGAGAUUUCCAUCCUCGCGCGAACGGCUUACUUCCUGUCCCUCGGGAGCUUUUCCCGGCCCGACGACCCGACAAACCUGGACAGCAAUACCUCGACAAUGUCACGCGGGAUCCUCUGCCGAAAAACAUCCCUCCUCCAGACCACCUGACCGAGACGGGGAAGUACAAACGACGUAUGGCCGAGCUGAGAAAGACUCACCUACGUUCGGCGCUCAAAGAACUACACAUGCGGAAGACGUCUAUUGACGCUGCCAUCGCUGCUCGCAGCGCUGCCAAACAGCGCGAACGUGCCCGACUCGUUUCACAGACCGAACGCGAAGAUGCCGCACAUGAAGCUCGCCUGGCUGCGAAACACGAAGAUCGUCUCGACAAACUCCACACACUGUAUAUCAAUUCGCGAACAUUCAUCACAGACCGCGAACAACUCAGUGCGGCGAUCGAGAAGGCAUUCACCACAACGGGAAGUAUCUGGCGAAAAGAUGGCAGGCCAGAUACUGUGGAAGAGAUGAUCAAGCGCGGACGGGACAGGACGGCGGAUCAGGGACGAGGUGGCAUGAUGCUAUUCAGUGAUGUCAAUGAACGGGCAUUGAAGGAUCAGGAGAGGAUGAAGAAAAUUGCAGAGAAAUUGAGCGGCGGCAAGCUGUGA